AUGUGCUACGACCGCUACAUGUCCAUCUGCAAACCCCUGCACUAUGGGAGCCUCCUGGGCAGCAGAGCUUGUGCCCACAUGGCAGCAGCUGCCUGGGCCAGUGCCUUUCUCAAUGCUCUCAUGCACACGGCCAAUACAUUUUCCCUGCCCCUGUGCCAUGGCAAUGCUCUCGGCCAGUUCUUCUGUGAGGUCCCACAGAUCCUCAAGCUCUCCUGCUCACACUCCAGCCUCAGGAAACUUGGGCUUCUUGUCUUUUCCAUCUGUUUAGGACUUGGUUGUUUUGUGUUCAUUGUUUUCUCCUAUGUGCAGAUCUUCAGGGCUGUGCUGAAGAUCCCCUCUGAGCAGGGACGGCACAAAGCCUUUUCCACCUGCCUCCCUCACCUGGCUGUGGUCUCCCUUUUUGUCAGCACUAUCAUAUUUUCCUACCUGAAGCCCCCCUCCAUGUCCUCCCCAUCCCUGGAUCUGGCCCUGUCAGUUCUGUACUCGGUGGUGACUCCAGCCCUGAACCCCCUCAUCUACAGCCUGAGGAACCAGGAGCUCAAGGCUGCAGUGUGGAGACUGAUGACUGGAUGCUUUCAGGAACAUUAAACUGCUGGCCAAUUUCUGCAAAUCACAUGUAAUAAAAG